CUGGGUUCCCAGUUUAGUAAUUGGGGAUAUAAGUACGGCACCCAGCGGUCACUGCAACGCGAGCGGGCUGGUUAGCAGCGCACGUGCCAGGCUCCAGGGUCCUUCUGCUUACACACAAGUUCUUUCUGACCUGGGUUUCUUCGUCCCUGAGACCCACUCCAUCUUCUACUCCCUUGGCUCUCGCCCAGCUCCUACCCCAAGCUCUGAACCUCGUCGUCUGCAAAAUCGAAAUGGACACAUCCAUGAAUUUUUCACGUGGGUUAAAAAAGGAUCUGGUCCAACCCUAUGACUUCGAGAUGUUCCACGACUUAAGGCCCUUUUUGGAGGAGUACUGGGUAAGUUCAUUUCUCAUAGUGCUCGUCUAUUUGUUGCUCAUCAUUGUUGGCCAAACCUACAUGAGAACACGGAAGGGCUUCAGCUUGCAGGGACCUCUCAUCCUCUGGUCCCUCUUCCUGGCAGUAUUCAGUAUCUUGGGUACAUUGAGGAUGUGGAAGUUUAUGGGAACCGUGCUGUUUACGAAGGGCCUCAAGCAAACGGUGUGCUUCGGCAUCUACAUCGAUGAUGCCAUAGUCAAAUUCUGGUCCUGUGUCUUUCUUCUAAGCAAGAUUGUUGAGCUCGGAGACACGGCCUUCAUCAUCCUGCGUAAGCGUCCACUCAUCUUUGUCCACUGGUACCACCACAGCACAGUGCUACUGUACACAAGCUUUGGAUACAAGAACAAAGUGCCUUCAGGCGGCUGGUUCAUGACCAUGAACUUGGGCGUCCACUCAGUCAUGUACACCUACUACACUCUGAAAGCUGCCAAAGUAAGACACCCCAGCCGUCUCCCCAUGGCCAUCACCAGCUUGCAGAUCCUGCAGAUGGUUCUGGGGACCAUCUUUGGCAUACUGAAUUACAUCUGGAGGCAGGACAAAGGAUGCCACUCAACCACGGAACACUUCUUCUGGUCCUUUAUGCUCUACGGGACCUAUUUCAUCCUAUUCGCUCACUUCUUCCACCGAGCCUACCUCAGGCCCAAGGGCAAAGCUGAGUCCAAGAGCCAGUGAGAGCUGGACAGGAAGGUGGAUCCUCAGCCUUCCCUCCGUGGCACUAAGGGCUAGGUGUGGGGAAAUGAUUAGGGUACCUCUCCUGUAUGGUUUCCCCCAUGGGAUAUGUACCCUCAAAGUUGCAGGAAGCUAUGACAACCAAGAAAUGUCACCCUCGGGAUAGGGGUGUGGUCUGGUACUUCGAUGUUUCUGUCUUUAAUGUGAAGGAAAACCAAGCCCUAGGAAGGAGCUAGGACUGAGGUCCUGAAAAUUGAGUUAUUUAUAUUUAUAUUUAGAAAUCUUUCUCUUCUUGAUCUAUUUUUUAAAUUAAAGAGGUCAGCAUGAUCUUGAGGAUUUGUGGACUUGGAGGGGAAAGUGAACUCUGCGGUAGGAGGAGGCUGACGGGGAGUGAUCUGCAGGGGGCGCGGGAGUUGGGUGGGGAGCCUGAGAGUGUGUGGAAGGAUAGAGGCACACACAAACAUUCAAUAAGAAUCCUAGGCCUGGUAGGCGCUUAACAAAUGUCUGUUACAGACUAGAAGUUUAUUGCUGUUAGAGACCCAAGCCUCUGAAAGGAACAGUGAGAAACAAGUCCUAAAAUCAUAAGCUAAACUGCAAAAUAGAUCCCUGCGUGGAAGCACUGGAGACCAGACCUACCAGCUGUCCUCCCCGAGACCACCAGGUGGCGUCGCAGCACCAGCAGAGGACGAUCCCUGUCAACUAGCUGGCCACACCAAGCUUCUCACUCCUGUACUCCGGGAGACCCUGCUUCCCCAUCCUGGAGGGAAAGAGUGAGACGGUAACCUUAGAAGCCCGGACGCUCACUCCACUCACUCCGUUCCUGUGCGUCCAGCUGUCUGUCCUUUUGGACCAUGGAAAGGAUGAAGGGAAGGAGGGCCCAACCACAAGUCUGAAAUAUCAGGCCUUUGACAGUC